AUGAGCGACGAAACUACCGUUGAGGGAACAAGUGGCACAAUAACACAACAGGUGCUCCCAUUGGAGGUCAUAGAUAGAUCAAUUGGAAAGAAGAUCCGCAUAUUGAUGACCAGUGAUAAGGAAUUUCGUGGAACACUAAUAGGGUUCGACGACUACGUCAAUAUGGUCUUGGAAGAUGUAACAGUUGUUUCUGAAGAUAAGGGAAAUAGCGGAAACAAUGAGGUGGUGAAGAAGAUGUUGUUAAACGGUGGCCAAGUGGCUAUGAUAAUUCCCGACGUGGUGAAUGCGUGA